UCACCGCGGAUGGUGGGGCUUUUUUUCGGUGGGGCGCGCGCACUCGACUCGUACCGGAACUUGUUCGGCAGGACUACUAUUACAGCGGUGGCGGGUUCUUGGUGCGUGACGGCGGACCUGCAGUGAGACUGUAAACAAAGCUGGAUUCGUCGUCGUCAGCUGGGCACGUCUUCGUGGACGGGAUGUUUUCUUUUAAAGUGUGAAGAACUAGAGAGUGCAAAGGAAAACCAUUAGACGUGAAGUUUUUGGGACGGAGACCAACGGAAAAGAAAUCUUUGAAGAGGACUCCUCUUUCCCGAAACAGAAAAAAAACAAGAAUCCUCGUAAUCCUAAUCUGCAAGUGUCUGGUGUGUCGUGUCGGGACAAAAGCUGCUGCCAAGAGGACACACAGAAAUCGACACCGGCAGCAACGGACAUCAACAAGGAUUACGCGCGUGCGAUAAUGCAGUGGACCGUAACUUGUACGGUUUUACGAGGACGAGGACGGGCACUUUUCCGGAUUUUCUGCUGCUCGUAGUAGGAGUCAGACAUCGCAUCGUUGUGCAGGCGGAGGAAGCUGAUCAGCCGAAAUCAGCAGGACAGUGGCUGGCAUCACUAGCAGAGGCAGCAGAACAAAUAUAAAAAAAAAACAGAAAUCCUUCAACAUUCAUUAGCAGCGUGAAAUAGAAGAUCGGGAAAAAAAGUGAAGUUAAUGAAACUCUAGGUAUGAAGCCCGGGACCGAGCACAAUUCCCAAUCGAACUUUUAGCAGCGACGACCCAAAACGGAGACCGUACGCGCAAUCAUGACCGACCACCACCGGACCAACGGGAGCACCGGGACCGGUCCUGGCGGCCACCUCAAACACAACGGCAAAAUUGCUUCUGCCGAACCGCAGCAACCUUCGAGUGCCGUGUCGUCCCUAAAACGCAACAAUAGCUAUCAUCAGCGAUUGAAAAAGUCGUACAGCGAGCAGUGCGCCGAGUACAACAAUGGCCAGCAAUCAACGGACAAGCUGGAGUGUGCGCCGGUGCGCAGCGGGUCGGCCAAGUGGAAGACGAAGCCGGUCAAGCCGGACCAGCCGGCAGGUGUCACCUCGACGGCUGAUGAGUUUAAACGCUUUCACACGCUACGCAACAGCUACGGUGGGAAAUCCAAUUUAAAUGUAAAUAGCAGCACCAACGGUGAGCCCUCCUCGAUGGCGAUAAAAACGCAAGUUCUGCUUCAUCAGCAGAAGCUGAAGGAGUACAGCAAACACUCGACCGUAUCAACGGUGGAUCCCAACAACGAUAGCUACUCGACCUGUUCCUCGUCCCAGUCGGACUAUCAGCAACCCCACAAGCACCACCACCACCACCGGUACCACCACAGCCAUCACACUCAGCCCCACGCUCAAACCCAGUACCAUCAGCAGUCGGUUCAGUACCCGGUGUCGGCGACGGUGGCCGCUACGGCUACCCUGACGCGACCAAGUGGGUCCUCGAUUCUGAAGAACAAGGACUCGGCCGCGGCGCCGGCGACGACCGGGAAGAACUCGCUGAGGCGCGGUGCCGGCGGAUUAAGCACCCUGUCACUGUGCAGCUGCGAGGCGGACACGGAGAUAAUACCAAAUCCAUUAAGGCCAUUAUACCAGUACAGUUUGGACAGGAAGAACCCCCGGCAGCACACCUACACGUGCGAGCAGAACGCCCAGAUACUGAUGCGGCUCGAGAAGGACCGGCUGCGCAAGUUUGGCUCCUCGGGAAAGCUGACGUUCACCUCUUCGACCAACGACCUGACAGUGCUGCCACCAUCCCACGGCGGCGGUGGACUUCAAAAAUCGGCCACGACAACGACCAUUCCGAUGACGACACCCGGAACAAACGGAAUCGGGAUGACAUCGUCAGCGUCCCAAGCAGCACCGGAACUCCUGGCCGGAAGUUGCAAUAACGAGAGUGGCACCUCGUACGACUACCACGGCGGGAGUAACUACAUCGAGGACGACUCGUACGUAGAGGACAUGAUGAUUCCCCCGCCACCUCCCCCGCUGCUGAACCGGCGACCUUCGUACGGCUACAGCUGCAUCAUCCCGGCUAAUGAGACGGUAGUCGGUGGUGGCCCGUCGGCCGCCGCCGCCCUGGCUAAUGACCUGACCUCGACGAUGAGCGCCAACAAUGGCAUCAUUAAUAAUUAUCCCUCGAAUCAGCCGGACUUGUUCAAUUUCGCAUCGGCAUCGGUCGUGGGGACGCUCAAAUCGACGUUGAAGAAUAAAUCAACGUCCCGGGUUGACGGCGGACUCGGUUCCGGCACGCCCCCGGCCGCCAUCGAUGUCAACAAGCAGCAAGCUAAGCUGAAGAAGAGCGGUUCCAACUUUGACAUAAUGAAUAAUGGCAACGCGAGCUCGUUCGGUGUCGACGGCAAUGGGAACGCCGGCGAGGGCACACUUCCGGCGAAGCAGUUUCCACCGUACUAUUUCGACGAUAACUAUCUUAAUCACAGCUUACAUCAGCACUUUUACUACCAGAACCCGGCAGACGGCGGAGGGCUGGGGGUCGUCGGUGGUGGUGUCCCUGGCGGGGGUUUUCCUGUCAGUGGCGUAAAAAAUGAUACCGAAACUGGCCAGAUGUACCUGUACCACCACGAGCCAGCAUCCUACAUGCCGAACUAUGACACGCUGAACCUGUCGUCCGGCAAGUACAACACAAUCGGACCGGGUGGUGGCGGUGGAGGUGGUGGGGGUGGCCACCCCGGGGACUGCAUCGGCAAGUACGGACACCACGCGAGCUCGUGCAACCUGAACCAGUUCAGCGGGGCACCGAAGAGUAAUCUGAUUAGCAGCCACCAGCACCACUUUUCCAACUCGAUCAGCAAUUUCAACUUUAAUCCGUCGCAAUAUUUCGGGACGGGGUUGGAACCGCCGGGUGCGACCAUCAUCGGUGGGCCGGGUGGCGUGAUGGGUGAUGGAUUCACGUCCAGCAUCAGCCUGAACGGGACGCCCAACAAGCAGCAGCAGCAGCAAUCGGGGCAUCCGUGGAAGCACCGGCAGUGUCCCAGCAGGGGCUCCAGCAGCACCGGGUCGGGAUCGUCAAAGUGGGAUCUACCUUCGCGCCAGUGGCUCGCGGUCACCUCGAUCCUGUUGAUUGCCGGAGCGGCCGGAGUGGCCGUCCCGCUCGCCUUAAAGGUUUCGGCCGGGGCACCGCUCGAGGAACGGCUCCAGGUCGCUGCCCAGCUGCUCGACACAGUGCCUUUAAUCGACGGCCACAACGAUCUGCCGUGGAACAUUAGAAAGUUUUUACAUAAUCAGCUCAACGAGUUCCGCUUUGACGACGAUUUGCGGCAGAUUCUGCCGUGGUCGAAAAGUGUCUGGAGUCACACCGACCUGCAGCGGCUGAAGCGAGGCCGGGUGGCGGCACAGUUUUGGGCCGCGUUCGUGCCUUGCGAGGCCCAGCACAAGGACGCGGUGCAGAUUACGCUGGAGCAGAUUGACGUAAUUAAAAGACUGACGGAACGCUACUCACCACAUCUGACAGCGUGCACAUCGGUUCACGAUAUCGUGGAGGCGCACAAAAACCAUCAAAUGUGUUCACUAAUUGGCGUCGAGGGGGGCCACUCGUUGGGCGGCUCGCUGGGCGUCCUGCGGAUCUAUUACACCCUUGGCGUGCGCUACAUGACGCUGACCACGACCUGCCACACGCCCUGGGCCGACUCGAACAACGCGGACGCGCCCAAGCACGACGUCAAGCACGGCGGGCUGACCGCGUACGGGAAGACCAUCGUCCGCGAGAUGAACCGGUUGGGCAUGAUAGUGGACCUGUCGCGAUCAUCCGUCGCCACGAUGAAGGACGUCCUGGCGACCUCGCAAGCGCCGGUCAUAUUUUCCCACUCGUCGGCGUACGCCCUGUGCAACUCGAGCCGGAACGUGCAGGACGAGGUGCUGGCGCUGCUCGCCAAGAACCGGGGCCUGGUGAUGGUCAACUUUUACAAUAAAUUUCUCAGCUGCGGCGAGAACGCCUCGGUCCAGGACGCAGCCGCACACAUUAAUCAUAUUAGACAGAUCGCCGGAAUCGAUCACGUGGGACUCGGGGCCGGAUACGAUGGCAUUAAUUUCACGCCACGUGGCCUCGAGGACGUGAGCAGUUAUCCGCGGCUUUUCGCCGAACUGCUCGGCCAGGGCUGGACCGCCGAGGAGCUGGAGCAGCUGGCCGGCCGGAACCUGCUGCGGGUGCUGGGGGCCGUCGAGAAGGUGCGCGAAAAUCAACGCCUGUCGGGGGUGCGCCCGUACGAGGACAUCCCGCCGGCGAUACGACCCGAGGAGCACGCCAACUGCACCACCAACAGUUAAUGAAGCCCAGGUAGCACCCCAUGAUGGUCAAAUCCCAGCGGCGGUGAUUCUCCUUCGAGGGGGCGCAAAUCAACCAACCGAGUGUGAUGAUGACUAAUCGCGACUAGAACACGACUUCAUCGGCGACCACGUGACUGCGACUAAUUAUUAGGUAUGUUCAGUAGAUAUUUUUAGGGGGAAAAGUUUAUAUAUUUUUAGGAUCACAGUGAAUAUCUCCAUGAGAAAUGCCUUUUUACGUGAAAAUAUUUAAUGGAAGGUAGAUAAAAGCGUUACGUUAUGUUCAUUCUGUUGAAAAGUUACCUCUUUGUGGAAAAAAUGGAGACAAAGUCAGCGAAAAGAAGAAAAAAUUUAAAGUACUGAGAGAGGAAAAAAAAUGUAAGUCUAUAUUAAAUGGAAGGACACUGAUGAAAGAUCUCUAGCGUUAAGCGAAAUCUGAAAAAAUGAGCAAACGUUUCCACGGGAUGCUGGAAGGAAAGCUCUGCACGGUGUGCUGUGUAGUUCGAAUAGUGUUUAAAUAAAAUUUAAAUUGAAAAAAAGAAAAAUUGUUGUAAUUUUAUUUAUUUGAACAAAAUGAAAUCAACCCAUUACUUAGUUUAUCACUAUUUGUUUCUGAAAUAUUUUUUGAUUUCAAGUGUUAUCAAUCAUAAAACUAAAAACAAAAAUAAUCUUAAUAUAUACUUUCACCUCCAGAUCUUAAAUCACAAACGUUCACAUCCCAACACACCGUGCAAACGCGUUUCCUUGCUGGCCAUCGCAAUUUUUUCGCAUUACUAAUCUUUUCGGUAAUAUUGCUGGCGGGAAGUAGUCCGGGCUGUUGUUGUCAUUAAAUAGCCCCGACUAGAGCCAUAGUCAACGGAUGUGAGAAGGAAAAAAACAGCAAAAAAAAACACAAUUAAAAUACCCGCAUUAGUGAUUAAUGAUGAGAUUCGCGAACACCAUCCCAGUCUGGAGGUGUGGAGGGAUGCUUGGUCAGGAUUCAUUAUAUUUUUUUAUGUUGGCACCAGACGAUCCACUCUCGAUGGUGGCUUUACUCUGACCGCAGAGAAUUCCGCCACGUGGCGUCUUUUGGGCGUAGGAGGAGGGUAGCUGAAUGGCGAAAUGACAAACGGUUUAAUUAAAUUCACUUAGUUUAGGAGAAGUCUAUUUGAAAUAAUUGCAAAUGUUUUUUGAAUCCCAUAAAAAUCAGCUUAUUCAAUGAAAUUUGUCAAAAUUAUUUUUUCAUCCUAUAAUUUAAAAAAAAUAUAAUUAUAUCUUAUCCGUUUUAAAUAUCCUAAACAAUCCAUAAUUCAACAAAAAGGAAAGUAUUUCGCCACAACCUGAGCACAACCACCAAGUCAGCCCCGAGGGUGGUAUUUGGCUAAUUGUUGUGAAAUUUCGCUUAUUUAUUAGAAUCUGUUGCGACCACCGGUAGCGGCUUUCCGCCACAAGCAUCAGGUAUUCUACUUUUAAUGAACUGUGCGUUCGCUGAGACAAAAAAAACAGGAGAUGGGUAAAUUAUUUUGGAGGGUUCCUUUGGAAAGAUUGAAUACUUUUAAUUAUGUACUUGGGUCUGAACACUUGAAUGAAAAAGUUGUUGGAAAAUGUAUUAAGACUAGUGCAGUUAGUUUAAAAUCAUUAGUUUUUAAAAAAUGUUAGCUUGAUUCUGGCAUGUAAUUUAAAUUUUUAUAUUUUUAAAAUAUUUAUGCCUCUUUUUCGACAUUUGCCAGAGCCAAAGGACAAAAUCUUUGAAAAAUAUUUGUAUCGGUAUAAUGGUAAUAAUAAUUAAUUGAUAAUUCAAACCUAUCACAAAGUUUUCAAAAAAAUAAAUCAAAAAAGUUUCCUAAAGAAUGUUUUGAAAGUCCGGUCCGGCUUAAAAACAUCAAUAAGGACUCAAUCACGACAUCUCUUGAAAGUGUUGCCAGAUAUUCAAACUUUGACCUUUUAGAAAUGUUAAAAAUAAUCAGAACACGUGUUCAGUACAUAAAGACUUGAAGAGUAUUAAAAAGUUUAUUAAAAAUUUUAUAGCUUCACAGUAACAAAAAAUUAGUAAUAUCAGUUUCUGUUGAAAUGUGAGUCUUUUGAAGUCAAGAGGUUUUUGAUCACGAAUCCGCGGUCUAUUUUUCAAUAUCUUGUACCAAAGGGGCGUUACGAAUCUUUCUAAAUUUUUGGGUUCUCACUAAAACAUGUUUAUCAUGAUUGUAAAGCU